CACCACCAGGUGCUGUUGAUUUGGCCCAAACGAAAGAGCACAUCAUCAGUGGUUAUAUUCGUUACUUAGGUUUGAUUAAAUGAAAAUUUAAAAAAACAGUUUAAAAUGUUUUAUAUGGUUUACCUUUCAAUGUUUGUUAUUUUACCGCUGUUGGCCCCCGCGGAUGGAGAAGCGCUGCUGAGGCUGAAGACUUUAAACCAAACAACCCGGUUGAUGACAAAAGUUUCCCGGAGAGACACACCGAUUCUGCCGCCGCCGUACCUCCAUCUUCCCAUGUUUGUGGACUCAAGCCUCCCGCUGGUGGAGAAGGAGCAUUUCUCUCCAGCCAGAGGCACCGGCCAGGAGCCUCUACCUGAGCCCGUCCGGGAGAUCCUGAUUCCGGUUCGGCCGGUCAGCACCAGUCCGCCCAGUGUUUCGGGUGAUUCUGUGAGGACUUCGUGCAAGCUGGAGAAAAUGCAUGUGCAGGUGCAGAGGAGCAUGUUGGGCGCCGGUGAACCGCACACUCGGCUCAAACUUGGGACAUGCCAAGCCAGUAAAUCUACGAAGGCUCACCUUCACUUUGAAUAUGACUUCGGCAGGUGCGGAACCAAACGCACGAUAAGUGAUAACCAGGUGGCCUAUUCAAACAUACUGCAAUAUGAUCCACCAAGGCUCCAAGGACCAAUCAGGCGAGCUGUGCCCUUCACCCUACCUGUUUCAUGUUAUUAUAACAGGUACCUGUACUCCUACAAAAUUGGCUACACACCGAGGAUUCGGAUGCGCAAGAUCUUCAAAUCGAUGAAGAACAGAGCAAAAUUCAUUCUGACUCCACGAAAUGCUCAGUGGGAAAGACUUUCUCCGUCAGAUCAGUACGCGCUUGGAAAGCCCAUGUACUUUGAGGCCGAGGCUCCUUCCAUGUCCCAGGACAAAAGACUGUACGUCCACUUGUGUUAUGCGACUCCCGAGAAGUCCCACACCUCCACGCUUCAGUUUCCCAUUGUGAAAAACUUUGGGUGUAUGGUUGAAAGCAAGGACAAUCAUUCCAGUUUCAUCCCAUACAAAAACAAUGCUGUGAGAUUCUUUGUGGAUGCCUUCAUGUUCAAGGGAAUGACGGACAAGCAGCUCUACAUGCACUGCACCAUGUCUGUGGGCAGUUCUGUGCCCUCGCCUACAGCCAAGUCCUGCAACUACGACACAAAAGCAGGAAGAUGGGUUGAGCUGUAUGGAUCAGACUCUGUGUGCACCUGCUGCGACUCCAGCUGUAGCUCUGCUGCAUCUGCAGUGACCAAGAUGAUCAGCAGCAGACCGUGGACAAUAGAGCUGAUAGCACCUAAAGUUAAACCCACCACAACCCCGAAGAGGAAGAAGGUUUCCACCACCACCACCACCACAACAACAACAACAACAACCACAACAACAACAACAACAGCACCAAAGCCAGAGAGGAGCAGAGAGGUCACUGAAUGGAGCACAGCUUCACAGCCUGAAGCGAUAGCAGUAACUCCCAUAGGUAAGGCGGAGAACAAGGUGAAGGAGUUGGAGUGGCCCUUCGGAGGUGGAGGAGUGAAGUGGAUUGAGGUGGAAGGUGAGGAGAGGCGGGUGAAGGGCUCUGCUGCUGUUGUGGAGGUGGAGGAGGAGGAGGAGGAGGAGGAAGAAGAGGUGGAGGUCACAGAAACUCACAGAAUAUUUGAAGAAAUCUUUGAUUUUGACAAAUAAAGCUGACAUGAACAGUGAUAAGUUCAGCAUGUGUGGCUUCAUUACCCAGGAUCUGAUGAGCUAAAAGCAAGAAUCCUGACAUCUGUGUAAAUGUUUUUUUUGUGCAGAUGUGUUUUGUAUGACCUGUUUGUAAAAGUAACUGGCACUAACGGUGGUACUAACUUUGUCAUUUGCAACAUUGAAUCUUUAUCGAUCAUCUCGAUAAAGAAACGGUUCAGCAUUUUGGAAAUAAAGUUUAUUCUCUUUCUUGCGGAGAGUUAGAUGAGAUGAUUAAUGUCACUCUUUUAUCUGUUCAUUAUAAAGCUACGUUCAGUAGCCAGUUAGCUCAGCGGAUUAAGAUUAAUAACAAGAUCUUGCGUGUUAAUUAGUGGGCUUUAGAGGCGCUGGUUUGUUAAUUGAUACAGAUUGAGGCAAGCAGUUUACAUCUGUUUUCAGUCUUAAUGCUAAGCUAACUGCCGCUGGCUUUAGCUUAGUAUAGAACAGACAGAUAUAAUAGUUGUAUCAGUCUUGAGUAGGUCAGCAGAAUUAAUCGAAAUAUGAUCGAAAUUGUAAUAUGGCCAAGUGCAAUAUCAAAAUCGCAGGAGCUGCAAUUUUUUUUGAUAAAGGUAAAAUGUGUCACAACGUUGUUGUACAUUGUUAGCACUGUAAGCGUUGUGGUGCCACAUUGAUGCCCCCGUCUACAAAUCAUACUCUCCAGACGUAAAGGAACAUGCUUGUUUGGUAAAAUGUCCUGACAAAAAUCUGAAACUCUGAAGUAAAACCUGUACUUAUUUACUGUUUGCCUCUGAUGAUUCAGCACUCAUUUAGACAAAUUGGGUUUGAGCACACGGGUUCAUUACUCAAGACUGAUAUAAUUGGUGUGAUUCAUCUCAUCUAAAUCUUGGC